CGGCUCAGUUUAAGGUUGAAUCUUGCAUCCUUGGGCGUAUGCGCAGGGGCACGCCGCUGCCUCAGCGUCCUGUGGUGAUCCUUGAGGAAUCUCUGCAAUGGACACUGUACACUGACCGCGCAGGAUCCCCUCUUCUAAGCUUGCUGUACAUCGAUUGUGCUGUGCCAAACCACCGGCUCUCCGGAGGCCAGCCAACUCCGUGCAGGUGCUGUGACACCGAUGCCAUAUCACAGCUCAGGCCCUGGUCUGUGUGGAGCUGACAGUGACCCGCACAUAGACUCUUAAGCCACUUUUUGGUGUGUUCGUGUUGGUUUGGGUUUUUCUCCUUUGCUGUUUUCUCCUGUAGGACAAAACCGUCAAUUAGAAUCCCCUGCAGCAAGGCACAAAUUACAGUAGUCACAGCAUUGGUACAACUUUUCCUGGUUUCAGCCCGGCGUUGGGGAACAGUGAUAACAACAGAACGGCAGUGCAUUUAGCAACCUUCUUCUGGUUCAAGUACCUGCAUUAGAAACCGAGCCCUUCAUUUUAAUCCAGUUGCUGCUGUCGACUCAUUUUGUGACCGAAAGCUGGUAAUCUAAGCGCUAUGGUUACAUAUGUUAAAAGGAUGUGGUAACAACAACAGGUGUUGAGGUGUUCUUUACCUUAAAAAAAGACAUGGGAUAUCUUGGCAAGGUAGGCGCCAUAGAAGUAUUAAGUAUUACAUGCUGUAGUGGGUGCCUUUCAAAACAAUGACUGGAAUGCUGGUGAGGUGAGAACUUGGUAACAUACGCUUAAAGCCUUUUGGUAAUACAGGGGCAAAAAAGUCACUUAAAACAGUCUGGACAGGUAUCUUUUCCUCUUCCCUCAGCAGCCUGUCUCUCCACAGGUAUGGUUUCCAGUUUAACAUAGUUACCAAAAAUCUUCAAAUCUUCUAAAGGUCAUGUCUGACUACAUGUCAUGACUACUAUGAUAUAUAGGCAGUCUUUUAUGGUAGUGGAAUGAGGUCAUGGCAGGAAAAAAACCCAAAACACCUAGCUGAAAAAGUAGUGUGAAAUGUCAUUUUUCCGUAAUUCUGAAAGUAGUUAUGCAGGAGGACCUAGAGGUGAGGGUAAACAGCAGAUACGAUUAAUUGGUAAGGUGAUCCUGGCAGCAGCAAACAGCCAAAGAGAAAACGGUUUCAGCUCCAUUUCUGAAGGGAUUGUGUUACAGAGAAGGAAGAUAAUACUCCAUCAUUAUACUGCUGUAGCAUAUCUCCCCAGCAAUACUAUACUCUGUUGGGACCCACAAGCCACAUUACUAGAAAGGUAUCAACAAAGCAAAACUUGUUGAAGCCAAGCAUGAUAAAAAAUUUAACUUCUUAAGAAAGGUCAAAAUACAGGAUUUAGGACAACUUGAUAAAGGGACUAGUAAGAACUCAGAAAUACAAGGUUCUGUGAGAACUGAAGUAUUUUGAUUAAAUGGGUGAAACAAAGCUGUACAUGGAAGUACAAAUAGGAUUAGCUCAACUUAGUUCAGAGCUCAGCAGUGAAGGAAAGGAGACAUCAAUGAGCUCUUUUGCAUUGUAUAAUAGUCUUGCUUUGGAAGCAAUAUUGAACUUGUGCUGAACCUGUGGGAAAAAAAAUCUUAGCUCUCAGUAAUUUUAUAUUCAAUUUGACAUUGGCAAGGAAGGAAUUGAGAGCUAAAAAGCCUUUACAUUUCUAAUGUGUCAGUUUCAAAUUCUUUAGCACUGAUUACCCAUUAUAUAGUAAACGCGCUGUUUUGUCCUGUGGAUUGCAAUGAAGAUCAGUCCUCAAAUACAGCUGUUGUUUCCUCAUUAUUCCAUGUGGAAUAUAAUUAACAUUGGGUUAAUUCAAAAUUUUGGAAAACUCUAGGAUUGCAUACAUCAGACAUCUUGUUCAAAGCUUGAAUUUUCUUCAUGAAAGUGUCUAGGUGAGUAGUUUCUUCACAUGCUCCCAAUCCAUUCUCAUUGCCUUUCCAGUCUUCUGGAAGACUGAUAAUCUUACUGGGGACAGUGCAGGAAUCCAUAGGACAAGAAGGACACGUUUGUCAUAAAGCAGAAUGCUGCUUUCUCAUACCGCCACUCCCUCAGUUGAGGGUGACUGAAAUGAAGGCCAAUAUUUUUGUCUGAGUUUUUGUUUCAAAGGCAUGUUUAUCCAGCUUGUUGAAGAUCUGUUUAUCAAAGAAGAAAUUAUUGUUUAUUCCUCCACAGGGAAAGUCUUUCACUUGCCUGAAGAAAAACAUUAAAUGUUGAAACCAUGACCUUGCAUGAAAUCUUUUUAUAAGCCAAAGAUGCAUAGUCUAUUGCAGAUCAGAAGUCAGACUCAAGCAAUCUAAUUCUGAAAUGCCUAAUGAUACAACCUUGUUGCUGCAGUAACAGUAAUUCAAGGCUCUUCUAUGAGUACAUCUACCGCUGCAGCUAAAAUAUAACUGUGCCUUGUGAAAGCGGUACAAAAUGGCUUACAGCGUGACUCUGAAUGGUCCUGGACCAUGGGGCUUCCGACUGCAAGGGGGCAAGGACUUCAACAUGCCCUUGACCAUCUCCAGAAUUACCCCUGGCAGCAAGGCAGCGCAGUCACAGAUGAACCAAGGGGACCUUGUGGUAGCCAUUGAUGGAGUCAACACUGACAGCAUGACCCACUUAGAGGCCCAGAACAAGAUCAAGUCAGCCAGCCACAACUUGAGCCUCACUCUUCAGAAAUCUAAACGUCCAGUGCCAGUUUCAACCACAGCACCCAGAAUUGACACUCCCAGGACUGUAAUUCCCCACCAGAAGGAACCUGCUUGGGAAAUCAAUGGCAACAGAACAACCUUCAGUCCUCUAACUAACACGGCGACUGGGCCUAUGGGUAGUAUUUUAGCAACAAACGGAACGUUUUCAGGCUACCUCAACAAGCAAGAGAUCAGCUUUUCAAAUAGCUCUUCCUACUCAAAGACUACCACAGUUAGAUCUUCCAUGUCCUCUCAGUCUGUGACUUCUGACAUUUCACCUGAAAAGAGUAACCUAGGUUCCAAACUAAGCCCUGUAUUGACUGAUGGCAGUAGUCCCAUACACCAGCUGAGCCCUGCAAGGCAGUAUAACAACCCUAUUGGCCUUUACUCAGCAGAGACUCUAAGGGAAAUGGCUGAGAUGCAUAAAUUAAGUCUCAACCGAAGGGCUUCGGAAGGUGGACUUCCUAGAGGUACCCUUCCUAUUAAAGACACUCACGUAGACAGUGCCUCUCCGGUGUAUCAGGCUGUGCUUAAAACUCAGAACAAGCCUGAAGAUGAAACUGAAGACUGGAGCCGCCGUUCUGCCAAUCUGCAGUCUAAGUCUUUCCGCAUCCUUGCCCAGAUGACUGGAACGGAGUACAUGCAAGAUCCAGAUGAAGAAGCCCUGAGGAGGUCAAGAGACAAGGAAAAUGUCGCAGCAGCAUCACAAAACAGUACCCCUGUUGAGCAUGCUCCGGUGUCUACCAGUUCUGCCUCUGCUCCUGCACAUGCUUCAGCCCAUCAGCCUGCUACUGCUGCUCAAAACACAGCCAGUCUGAUGACACCACCAGCAACCACCUCAGUAGUGCAAGAGUCUUUCUCAUCCUCCUUCCAAAGAGUGCUUGCAGCCCCCAGCUCUCUUUCACAGCCUAAGCCUUUCCAUGGGUCCAAGAACAUGUCAUUAGCAGCUUCCACUAUUUCAUCUGCAAUCUCAUCUCAGUCUAGUUUCAACCGGCACUCUUCCACCUCCGUCAGCUACCAGUCAAAGAAGAGAAACACAAGCCAGUCAUAUACACCAAUGCCAGUUUCUGGAAGCUACGGUGAAAGUCCUGCUCCUUCUGCUACUUCAAAAAUGAGAGUUGUUACUACUGCCAGCAUAAAGCCCUCUGUCUACCAACCAGCACCAGCACCAGCGCAUUCCUACACCCCUGCCAACACUGAGCCUGCAAGCCGCCCUCCGUGGGUAACAGAUGACUCCUUUUCCCAGAAAUUUGCACCUGGAAAAACCACCACCACUGUCACAAAGCACAUCCUACCACGGGGUGCUCCAGUACCAUCUCCUGCCUCAACUUCUGCCUACCCAUCUCCAGGUUCAACUUCUUCCCAGGCUCCUGCAAUAGCUCGGGGAACAGUUCAGAGGGCUGAGCGUUUCCCAGCCAGCAGCCGAACUCCUCUCUGUGGGCACUGUAACAGCAUAAUUCGGGGUCCUUUCCUGGUAGCCAUGGGUCGCUCUUGGCACCCAGAAGAAUUCAAUUGUGCUUACUGCAAGACAUCCUUGGCUGAUAUGUGCUUUGUGGAAGAGCAGAAUAGUGUGUACUGUGAGCGCUGUUAUGAACAGUUCUUUGCACCAACCUGUGCCAGAUGCCACACUAAGAUCAUGGGGGAAGUUAUGCAUGCCCUAAGACAGACUUGGCACACCAGUUGCUUUGUCUGUGCUGCUUGUAAGAUGCCGUUUGGGAAUAGCCUCUUUCACAUGGAGGAUGGGGAACCUUACUGUGAGAAAGAUUAUAUUGCUUUGUUCAGCACAAAAUGCCAUGGCUGUGAUUUUCCUGUUGAAGCUGGAGAUAAAUUCAUUGAAGCUCUCGGACACACUUGGCAUGAUACCUGCUUCAUUUGUGCUGUAUGCCAUGUGAACUUGGAAGGUCAGCCUUUCUACUCCAAGAAGGAUAAGCCACUGUGCAAGAAGCAUGCCCACGCCAUCAAUGUUUAAAAGAGCUGGUAGUCAGUAAUGCUGGGGAGAAACAGAUGACUAACUGGGCAAUUAUAAAGUUGGUAACCAUGGCGAGUGUUUCUCUUGGUAAAAGCUGGGAAGUUGAUACUGCUGAAGUUUUAACUUUAACCUCUUUCAUAAAUGCAGAACAUGCUUUUGCAAGGUUCAUACAAAAACCUACUAAAUGCACAGUCAAAAACAAAUGAACUAGUCCAUUAUUAGAGCAACAGUUGGGGGAAAUAUUGAAAUUAACUAAAAACUGUAAUGUAAAAAGUAAUGUGCAAAUACAGUUUCAAAUAACUACCCACAGCAGUUUUAUUGCUUAGACCACACACUAGUGUUCAAGAACAACUGGGAAAGUCCUUUUGUAAUAAGUCAUUUUCUUUUAUAACAAGAAUGACUAAGUGCCACAUGUACAAUAAUCUGUAGAACCAAAGGCUAUAACUUUCAAAGGAAAAUAAAUAGAUUAGGGUUUCCUCUGUGAAAAGUGAGUGUUGUUCCAUUAUGUUGUGGUGCUACCUCAUAGCAUCAAAUAUUUUAGAUUCUUUCCGAAUAAGAAGUCUGCCUUGAAUCCAUAUGUAACUGGAAAGCAUAGGAGAUAAUCUGUAACUUAGUUUGAAAAUAAAGUGGAAACAGACUAACGCCUUCCAUAACCCGUUAAGAUUGAGAAAAGCAGGUUGGGUCAACGUUGCUAGUGCACUUGGCUUAUACUCGCACAGUAGAUUAGCCAUUUUCAUUCAUAAUAGAAAAGGACAACUGGCUUUCUCCAAAUUGCUUUUACAUUGAAUGGAAUAGAGCUGGCUGGAAAGGCUAGCUUUUAAUUCAAAUCCAGUUUUCCUUUCCUCUUGUGGAAAAAAUGCUCAAAGUUGCUUUGGUUUCUAAUUCCCAUUGAUAUCAGUGGGAGGUAGGAAUUUACAUCUGGACCUUCAUAUUGAUGAACACAGAAGACACACAUCCAUCUAGCACAGCUAGGAAAUGGAUGACAGCUUGCAAAAGUUCCCUACUCUAUCCCACACAGGAAAAAAGCAUCUUUCCCCCCCCCCACUUAGUAAAUUAACAUUGAUUAAAAAUUCAUAAGGAAGCAUAACACCACAGGCACAUUCUCUUUCCCCCUUUUCUUAGUUUAAGUGCAAUGCAUCCUGAAUUGUAGUAGUAUUUGCCAUUGUAAAACUGUAGAUAGGGUCUGACAAUUAGGAUAACCAUACAGUAAUCUUUUCUAGUAUUUUAAAAACAACUUUCAGGUUGUUCAAACAGUUAGUUAUAAAACUUUUUUUCACCAAAAAGAUCAAUACUUGUAGCACUGAUAACACCUUUGAAUUUUUAAUUUUAAAUACCAAUGACACUUGUACUAGAGACCGCAGGUCUGUUUGAAAAUAGAGUUAAAAUGGAAAGUCUGAUCACUAUUCAAGUUUUAUUAAUCUGUUUAAGUGAGAAUUAUGAUGUGUGUGUUGACAGCUUGCAGUACUGACAGUUUUGAAUUAGUAUUCCUGAGGCUGAGGAUGCAUUCUGUGGGCCGCAUUCUGUGGGCCACAUUCUGGUGCCAUCUGCACCCUAUUUCUGCCUAGUGUUUUGAGUAACAAGAAAUGACAUAGCAUUGUCUGCCUUUGCCCUCCAAUGGGUAAUGGUCAUUUCAAGAAAACUGUUGUGUCUUUUCAGGGAUGAAAAACUGUCCAAAGAUUGGGGGAGGAAUAGGAGAAAUUUGGAGUUCUAAUAUGAGAGUUGUUAGCUGCAGGCAGUGUGCAGCUUGGACAAAAAUAACAACCUGAACUGCCUGUGGCAGUUUUGACAUGUAUGACCUGUAUUUAUUCAGUAGGUAUCUUUGUUCUUACUGAUCUUAGCAGUGGUCUGAUACAGGCGCUACAGGGUCAGAUUUUUGUAUGCAUGAGUUAUUCUAAAAUACUAGCACAUUAUAUGAAAAGCCUUUUUUUUUUUUUUUUUUCUAUAGCAAACAAAUUUUCUGUUUUCAGUCGGUGCUGGGCUGGUGUGAAUAUGGUUCCAUUGAUUACAAAAUCCAAAGAUCUGGCUCAUAAUAUUCUCUAGAGGAAUAAAUUGUAAUCAUGGAAGUUAAAUAUUUUUUUCACUCAUAUUUGACUUCCUCAAACACCUUUUCAUAACAGUGAGACAAUUCUAGAGUUCCUUUUAAUUUUUUAAUGUCAUUCAAAAUGGUGGGUUUUAUUCUCUGUUAUUUAAGAGAAUUCAAACCAGCAUAUUAUAUACUAAGGCUGCAUGAAGAUAUUUUUUAGGCAGAUUUCUGUGUUACCCACUGACUGGGACUAGUUUCUUGCUGUCAACAUCAAAACAGGGAGUCAGACUCCUUGGGAGGACACAAAACGCUAGGACUUGUGAUGCCUCAGGAGAAUUUCAUGAGGUCUUUCACCUCUAAUCUACAGAUGUGUAUAUGUGUGUCUCUCACUCUCCACCUUCCCCCUCAAUGUCCUUAAAAGCUCCCUCUUCGCUGGCAGCGUGAAGGACAAAGCAUUUUAGGAGAUGGCCAGAGAUGGAAGGCUGCAGCUCAGGCAGGGGUACGCUCUGUGAGAUGGUGGUAGGCAGCACGGCUGGGGCUGUCUCUUCUUCAUGUUCACAGGGGAGCCCGGCUUGCCAGCUGAAGGGGCCCGGGUCAGCCUGCGAGUUGCUGGCUUGCUGGCUGGACAGAGGUAUGGGAGACAGGGGUCUCAGUGUAGGCAGGGGAAGGGAGGCUUGGAUCAGAGAAGGGAGAGCACCGGCAGCAGCCAGAAUGUAGGGGCUCUGGGGGCCUCUGGUUGAGUGUGGAAAGAUGAAGCAUUGAGGGGGUGGGAAGCCCUUACUGAAGCUGGGGCCGGAGGAGGGGGAAUGCCUAGGUAAGCCUAGUUUCACUGAGUUGACAGAGUAGAUGGUUGGGGUGGGGCAGGGGGAGGGAAAGGGGGAAUAGCCAGGAUGACUCACUACAGUCAGGGAAAGGGCCUGAAGCAAGAAAUUGGGGUACAAGUAGCUCACAAUAGUUCAGAGAGAGAGUAUGAAUAUGUACAGAAGGGGUGAGCAAAGGGGAUACAGGGUCCAAUCUAGUAUAUCUGAAGUCAGUACUGCAGAAAAGUGAAUGCAAUGUACAUAAGCAUAGCUGAGCUAGCUCGUGGGGUGACAACAGAGAAAAUGCAGCAGCACAGACUUCAGCAGAAGCUGUACUAGUUUGAGUCCUUAAAAUUUCCCUUUCAGUGGGAGCCGUACUAACUUGAGAGUCCUGAAAAUUUCCUUGGGCAGAUAACCUGCACUGUAACACAUGCCCUGACUCCAGCCGGUGCCCGAGCAAGUGAGAUUAAAGCUAGUUUACAUAUCACUAUAUGAGAUACAGUGAUAUCUCUGAACGAAGAACAGAGAUACCCUGAGGAUUAUAAUGUAAUAAAUUUCCUGUUUUGACUUGUGCUGCUUCAUAAUGUGGUCCAAAAAUAGAGAAUCCAGUUACCCGCCCUUGAUAUCUAUAUUAAGAUAUACUUUUUGCACAUAUCUGAACCAGAAAUUUGUGAAUAAUAAUGUAGUAUUUUGACUUUCAUGGGGGUAGAAUACCACAUAACUGCUGAUACUCUUCUGCCACAUGUCACCUUUGUGAUAUGGAGGGGGGAAAGAUGCAUAGAGAGAUAUAUAUAUAAUUCAACUUUCAACUAUCACUGAACAUAAACGCUGUACAAAAAUAUGCAAGACUAAUAAUGUCUACUUGUUUAUGUUUUAUGUCUUGUAAUAGAUGCCUGGGACAAGUCCUAAGUUCCUCUAAAUAUUUCUUUUCAUUCUAAUUAAUUUACAUAAUUAAACAAAGAUACUGUACCUCUGAAUGAUCAAAUAAAAAGACCAGUCUUUUAGCUAAUAAAACAUGUUCAGUAACUUUUCAAUCAAAGUCUUCAAAAAGUAUCUUAAUGCUUUUUCCAUUUUUUGGUUUUUUUUACAGAACAGAGUAAAAAUAAUGUUUCCACAGAAGACCGCUUCCAUUAUCUGGAAAAAAAAUCAUGACUUCUUUUUUUAGAAGUUCAUUUUUACUGUAUUGGAUUUACACAUUACACAUUUCUAAAAUAAAUUCAAAACAACAAAAAUAUUUUACUUUGGUCCUUCAUAGGUCAGUACUUUGGGCAAAAUGUUUUGUUAAAGAUUAUUUGUAUUUAUGUUUAAUAAUGUGAAUGUCCACAGCACUGAACACACUCACUAGUGUCUAGUGCUGGGCACACUAAUGUUUAUUUGCAAUACUUGUCUCCUGGUAGCAGAUAUUAAUUUCUUUAGUAUUUAUAAAUAUCAGAAUUUGAAACUGAGUGAAUUCUUGCCUGCAGUGAUCAUAUUAGAAAUCUAGGUUUUAUAAUGUAUUGACAUGUUGACUUGAUGCCACAAGUGCCCUUGCUUUUAGAUAGACUUUUUUUCCUAAGUUCCUAGUUUCUUCAGAAACAGAAUGUAGUGUGGUUUAUGAGGUGUGAGUAACUACCUUGCAUGGAUUAUCUGUGCCAACAUGAAUAAACCAGUCUAGUAAUAAAAGCAAUGUGCAAAUACAGUUAAAGCUUUAUGAUUUGGGCAUAUUUAUUAAUAUGGCAUGUGAACAGCUGACUACUUUCAGCCAUGUAAUACUGAUACAAAAGCAUACACAAGCUUGUACUCUCUACUUCAGACCUGAAAAUAAAAAUUAAAAGCAUUGGUUUCAACUUCA